AAGCGUUGUAUGAUUAUUUAUCGAAAAUUCAGUGUGCGGGUAGCUCGGCUCCAGUAUGGGAUGUAUAUUGUAUUCGUUUUCGAUUCAUCGUGACAUCUUGUUGUAGUUAGUACUUAGUUUAGUACUAACUAACUACUAGUAGUUGACAGUUGUGGCCCGUGUUCUGUAACGUACAGUUGUUACUUGUUUUAUUUUGAAGAGAAGUGUCUUCGAUAACAUUCGCCAUGCCCAGUACAAUACGUAGUCAGUUGGAGCAAGACGGCUACGUGGUGCUGGAAGACUUCCUCCGCCCAGCCGAGUGCGACGAGCUGGCGGCGGCGGGCCGGGAGCUGGCGCAGCAAGCCGCGCAUGCUGCGGACAAGUCAGUCUUCUCCACUCUGGAAGGAGAAAAACAGCAACUAUCGGAUUCAUAUUUCCUGGAGAGCAAUGACAAGAUUAGAUUCUUCUUCGAGUCUGGUGCUGUCGGCUCCGAUGGCAAGCUGCAGGUGGAUCCAAGCGUGUCGCUGAAUAAGGUAGGACACGCGCUUCACCUGCUGCAUCCGAUCUUCAGAUGCUACACGUUCAGCGACAGGGUGAAGGCCGUGUGCCGGGAACUGGACUUGGUGGAGCCGUCCGUAGUGCAGAGCAUGUACAUUUACAAGAACCCAGGACUUGGCGGUGAAGUGAUAGCCCACCAAGACGCUUCAUACUUAUACACGGAGCCGAUCCCCCCCGUCGGCCUUUGGAUAGCUCUGGAAGACGCAACAGUUCAAAACGGUUGUCUCUGGAUGGCGGCCGGGUCACACAAGUCGGGGGUGCACAGACGACUGAUUCGCAACCCAGACAAAGAUGCCAAACAAGCGCUGGUAUACGACAGAGCAGCACCAGUUUACCCGCAGUCAGCGUUUUCAGCAGUUCCUGUAACUAAAGGUACAUGCGUCGUGAUACACGGUCACGUGGUCCACAAGAGCGCGCACAACAAGUCGGACAAGAGUCGCCACGCCUACACCUUCCACGUCGUGGAACGACACAACAACUCGUACUCGGCGGACAACUGGCUGCAAGAAGGGCGUGGGGCACCCUUUGUCAACCUUUACACCACGCCGCAAAUGGAAUAAACACAUUUUACUGCCCGCUUAUGCAGCUCAUUAUAAAAACCCCGCAGAUUCUUCUUGCGAAUCUUUGUAGGUCUUUGUCACAAUCAUAGAGAUUUUAACUAUACAAUUAAAAAAAAGUAAAAUACAUUCAUUUGUAUUACCUAUUUUAUUUAAUAUUUGACAUAAUUUAUCUUGUGACAUGAUCAAUAAAAUAUUGAUUAAAUUAAGAUUUUGCUGAUUUAGCAUUAAUAUGCAAAUUUAUUAAUAUGAUGCUGAGUAUCGUCUCUAAUGGGACGAUACUCCGAUGAUUUAAAUAAAAUAAACAGCGUUAUGUAAGAUAUGUUGCUAAGAUUGUAUAAAACUUGCUAAGAGUAUAUGUGUUACGCUCAAAGAUCAAGAACGCUCAGUAAGCGGGAAAACAGGUCACAACGAUUUAAACAUCAAUUUUAUUCAUUUCUUCUCUGUAUAUGAGAGUGAAUUUUCAUGUCAGCGCCAAUUAUGGCGAAUAAAAAAAGAAGUGUUUUACGAUAAAUUACCUACGUGAGUUUGAGGAAACAGGCACUGAUCGAAGUUUUUCCGCUCAUUAUGCGUUGUCGAUCUUUGAGCGUAACAUAUGUUUAAUUACGGCGUCCCACGCUUAUAUGAGAAAGAUGAAUCUGCCAAAUUAUAUUGAUACAUAUUGUGAUAUUCUUAUAAAAUAAAUAUCAAACAAUUA